CCCUGCUUAGUAGAGGCCUCUCCACCAAUCCCCAGGAUGUACUCCGAAAGUUCUGCCUCUCGCGCCCCGGAGAACUACACUUCCCAGGGGGCAGCGGCGAGGAGCCUCGGCUUCCCUAGUGACCAGCGGCCAAUGGCAGACGCGGAAGCGGCUAGCGGGCCCGAAGAGGCGGCAGUAACGGCCGAGGCCGGGGCCGAGAACCAGAGCCUAGAGUGGCUCGAGCCGAGCCCGGGGCUUCGGGCGGCCGCCGGCGGGGUCAGAAAGUCGGAGCCGCAGGCUGCCCACCAGCCGUCGGGCCUGCCCUUGUUGCCGCAGAUAUACAAAGGCUAUCUGUUCGAAGGCCGGAGCGCUGGAGGACUGAACCAGCUGCCUUUUGACCCAUCCAUCAGCCACGAGCCACUGCACUUUUGCAGCCCUGCUGACAGUCCAUUGCUGUCAGAAGGUCAGGUUGAGAAUGAAGAAGAGACGAGCAAGAAACGAAAACGAACGAGUGAGAGCACAGCUGAUGGUAGUAGAAAUCUGAGCAUGGAAUCUGCACCAAUGGCUCUCCCGAUGUCGGACCCGAACGCAUGGGCCACAGCGAUGAAUAAUCUCAGAAUGACACCACUGGGAAUUGCAGGACAGCCUAUGCUACCAGAUUUUGAUCCAGCUCUUGGAAUGAUGACAGGAAUCCCACCGAUCACACCCAUGAUGCCAGGCCUGGGGAUCGUUCCUCCUCCAAUUCCUCCUGAUAUGCCCGUGGUAAAGGAGAUCAUUCACUGCAAAAGCUGCACUCUUUUCCCACCAAAUCCAAAUCUUCCACCACCUACAACCCGGGAAAGACCACCAGGAUGCAAAACAGUCUUUGUAGGAGGUCUUCCAGAGAAUGGAACAGAGCAGAUCAUCAUAGAAGUAUUUGAGCAAUGUGGGGAAAUCAUUGCUAUCCGAAAAAGCAAGAAAAAUUUCUGCCACAUUCGGUUUUCUGAGGAGUUCAUGGUGGACAAAGCUCUCUAUCUCUCUGGGUACCGCAUCCGCUUAGGCUCAAGCACUGACAAGAAGGACACUGGCCGCCUCCAUGUGGAUUUUGCCCAGGCCCGGGAUGAUUUGUAUGAAUGGGAGUGCAAGCAGCGCAUGCUGGCCCGGGAGGAGCGCCACCGCCGCCGCAUGGAAGAAGAGCGCUUCCGUCCUCCAUCUCCUCCUCCUGUUGUUCAUUAUUCAGACCAUGAAUGCAGCAUCGUGGCCGAGAAGCUGAAAGAUGAUUCCAAAUUUUCUGAAGCAGUGCAGAUACUACUGACCUGGAUCGAGCGUGGCGAGGUGAACCGGCGAAGCGCCAAUAACUUCUACUCCAUGAUCCAGUCGGCCAACAGCCACAUCCGCCGCCUGGUCAAUGAGAAGGCAGCUCAUGAGAAGGGGAUGGAGGAGGCCAAGGAGAAGUUCAAACAAGCUCUGGCAGGGAUCCUCGUCCAAUUUGAGCAGAUAGUGGCCGUUUACCACUCCGCCUCCAAACAGAAAGCAUGGGACCAUUUCACCAAGGCCCAGCGUAAGAACAUCAGUGUGUGGUGCAAACAAGCUGAGGAAAUUCGAAACAUUCAUAACGAUGAAUUGAUGGGAAUCAGGAGAGAGGAAGAGAUGGAGAUGUCUGACGAGGAAAUGGAAGAUCCUAGUGAUCCAAAGGAAAAUGAAGACUCGGCCCUGUUCUCUCAGGCUGAGGCACUGAAGGAAGAAAAUGACAGCCUGCGUUGGCAGCUCGAUGCCUACCGGAAUGAAGUGGAAUUACUCAAACAGGAACAAGGCAAAAUCAUCCGGGAUGAGGAUGCAACUAAGGAGCAGCAGCUGAAACUCCUUCAGCAGGCUCUGCAAGGGAUGCAACAGCACCUUCUGAAACUACAAGAUGAAUACAAGAGAAAGGAAACAGAGCUCGACAAAGUCAAGGAUGAAAAAGUGCAGCUGGAAAACUUACUGGAGAAUCUACAGGAGCAGGAGUGUACGGUUUCCAGGAUCUGUGUAUCCAACCAGGAGAAUGACCCACUGGAAAGGACUUCAACUAGCACCCCUAUCAAAUCGGAGAGAGAGGCGCUCUUAGUGGGUAUAAUAUCCACAUUUCUUCAUGUGCACCCAUUUGGAGCAAGUAUUGAAUACAUUUGCUCUUAUUUACAGCGUCUGGAUACCAAGAUUUGCACCAGCGAAGUGGAAACUCUCAUGAACCGCCUGCAGUGCACCUUUAAGCAGGAGAUGACCGGGGUUGGAGCUAGCCUGGAGAAAAGAUGGAAGUUCUGUGGCUUUGAUGGCCUCAAGAUGACUUAAUCUCCUUCCCUUUCACCACCCAAGAUCCUGGGGAAAACAGUUAUCCAAGCCUGGGAAGUGAUAAAAAUUUAUGUAUUGUUUUCGUUGGUUUUCGUUUGUUUUUUGUGAUUGUUAUGUAGAAUUCCCUUUAGCCUUUUAGCUCCCCUUACGGAAUUUAUUGUAACAAGUGUGGAUUAUAGAUAGCACAGCACCUUCUGCUAAAGGCCCUCGACAGACUGGCUCCAACCUUAAGUGUGGCCAUUUCUCUCCCUUGGUGAGUUGGUUGGUUGGCUUUUUUUGAAUGAAAACUUUCACAUGCUCAAAAAAAAUUACACUUGGGGCGUCUACUGUGUAUGCUCAAAAAAAAUUACACUUGGGGCGUCUACUGUGUCUAUACUACUGUUCUCAAGCCUUGACAUUUUCUUUCUUUUUUUUUAAGCACACUGUUACUGGAAAUGUUUUCACAGUUUGUAUGUGAUGUGUUUUUCCAAAAUCUUUCAUCUUAUAAACAUUUCUCCUUUCACGAGGAGCCAUUGGUAGAACUUGCAACACCUGAAUUGUCUUUCCCCUCGGUAAUGCUGCAGGAGGCAAGCCAGCCUAAACUCAGGCACCGGCAAGGGCACGUGUGCGCGCAUGCUUGCACGCGUGCACACACACACACACACACGCAUGCACAUGGACAGCACAUGCAUGCACACACACACACACAAGAGUGUUUGGUAGAGAUGCUUAAUCUUGCCCAUCUUUUGAAGGCAGACUUUGUUUUUUGUUUAUUUUAACAGAACAGUCAUGAGCCAGAAGUUGACACAUUUUCCAAAGUGGUUCUUCCUUCUCUAUUAGGUAGCUUAUUUAAUAAUUUACCAGUAAAACUAAAUUUAAAAAAAAAAAAAGGUCCAAUGUAUUGGCAUCAACAGCAGCCUAAUCUGGCUGACAUGUUUACAUAGUCUUCAGCAUCAUUUUGUAAAUACUCUGCUUCUAAAGGUGGGCGUAUUUCAUUUUCUACAAACUACACAAAAAAAAUGACAACAUCAGUAAUGGGAUUUAUUUUCAUAUUCUCUCUGCUCCAGCCUUUCACAGAAGCAGUAAGCCCUUUCCUCCUGACAUCAGUGUGCCAAUCAAGAGCUCACCCACUGCUGUAAAUACUGUGUUUACUUCCUGUUGAAUGUUUCCAAAGAGAUGCUCUGAGUAUCACUAGCUCAUUGUACUUUCACAAAAGAAGGACCAGGGUUUCCUCAGUACUGGGUUGGGGGGGAGGGGCGCAGCUUAUGCCCCUGAGAUAGGGCCCUCCAGGCUGCCAGGACCUCCUGCAGUUUGCAUUUGAGGGUCUGGUUCCAAGUUCUGCUUAGUUGUUUAAUGGAGACAGGUUGGGGCUGAACAUCCGGAGACAAAUGGGUCUGGCCUCUUACGUGGUGCUUUUUUUUCCAAAUCAAGCAUCCCCGCCAUUUACUACUGGCUUAAAAUAGUGUGCUUCUGUCUGCAAAGAACAUGAGGAGUAUUUCAGGAAAAUACCUUGUAAACGAGAUGUCAGUACUGUUUCCAGUUGUAUUUUUCAAAUAAUAAAACAAAAAAAUUUUUAUGCCAUCA